UCACUCUUCAAUUGACCAGCAACCAGUUAGUGAGGUCUCCCACUACAUGACAAUGCUGGGUGCCGCGUCGAAGCGCAUGCGUCUAAGCACGAUGCGCACGCUGAAGGCUUACGACAAGAGCGAGCACCGCGUGCUGGUCAUCGGCGGCAACGGCUUCGUGGGCAGCAACAUCUUGCAACGCGCCGUACAAAAAGGAAUCGAAGUGCGCAGCCUCAACCCGUCGGGCAAGCCGCAAUGGCAGGACGUGCCCUGGAUCGACCAGGUGGACUGGCACGAGGGCGACGUGUUCGACGAGAAGCAACUGGCAAAGGCAGUGGAGGGCGUCACGGGCGUCAUCUCGACGGUGGGUGCGUUCGGCAGCAAUGAGCUCAUGGAGAAAGUGUGCGGAGACGCUACGAUUGUGGCGGCGAGGGCAGCACAGAAAGCGGGAGCGGAGCGCUUCGUGUUCGUCUCCAACUCGCGCGUAGGCUCGUUCUACCCGUCGUGGCUGCCUAUGUAUGGCUAUUACCAUGGCAAGCAGAGAGCCGAAAAAGCUGUGCAGUCGAGAUUCCCCAGCACAGGCGUGGCGCUGCGUCCGGGUUUCAUCUACGGCUGGAGACGCACUAUAAAGGGUCGAGGGAUUCCGCUGCAACUUGCAGGGGCGCCAAUCUCAUUCCUGGCGAGAGACCUUGGUGCAGUUUCAACUGCUCUAAGCUACAUGCCGUUCUUUGGAGAGGAAAUGCGAGCUGCGAUUCCUGUUGGUGUAGUCGCAAAAGCUGCUGUGCUCAGUGCGAUUGGUCCAGUCCACGGACACACGUUGGAUACGACCAGUAUGCUGGAGUUGGCUGCGUCAUUCCACAUCCACGAGGAACAAGAUUAACGAUGAAAAAAUGAGUCGAGCACAAAUUCGGAAGUGAUAAAUCUAACAUUCCUCGCGGCAAUAAUUA